AUGUCUUCUGUAUCGUCGUUGUCCCUUCUUCUUUUGUUGUCGAUAACGACGUCCCUACUUGUUAUUUCCCAUGCAAAAGACAGUUUCACGGCCGAGUUAAUCCAUCGUGACUCGCCAAAGUCACCGUUCUACAACCCCAACCUAACCCUGAGCGAACGGUUCGAGGCUGCAGUGAACCGUUCAUUGAUCCGUUCAUGCAGUUUCGGCCGCCAAGAACGCUUGACGUCGAUGUCUGCGGAUUUAACGUCGAAUGGAUGGGGUGAGUAUAUGAUGAAGAUUGGAAUCGGAACUCCUCCGGUGGACGUUUUAGGGUUUGCUGAUACCGGAAGCUCGCUCAUAUGGACGCAAUGCGAGCCGUGCACGAAGUGCAUCCGUCAGCCAAACCCUCUUUUCAAUCCCAAAGUUUCGGCCACUUACAGAUUACUCAAGUGUUCAUGGACUCAAUGCAGUGAUCUCUCCCCCAUCACGUCUUGUGGAGAGGGCGGCGCUUGUGUGUACAAGGAAGCGUUCGUCGACGGAUCCUACACGCAGGGAAACAUAGCGACCGAGUCCAUAAAGAUCGGUACAAGCAAGAUACUUUCAGUGAUAUUCGGUUGCGGCUACCAAAACUCCCUCCACGCCUCAGGAUCGGCAGGGGUCAUUGGCCUUGACUUGGGGGAAGGCUCUCUCGUCUCUCACCUCGGCCCCGCCAUCAGUGGCGUUUUCUCUUACUGCUUAUCACCGAUCUUUUCGAAUCGGCGGAGCUCUAUCAGUUUCGGGGUCGUUUCAGGUCCUGGCCCGUAUGGGGUCACGACUCCAUUAAGCAAGAAACCCGGUUCCGACCGCUAUCAGUUAACGCUCGAAGCGGUCAGCGUGGAUGGAACAAGGUUGGAGUUUCCUGGCUCGGCUUACGGUGGCGCCAACGAGGGCAAUAUGAACAUUGACUCAGGAACCACGUUGACGUUUCUUCCCAUGGAUUUCUAUAACCAAGUGGUGGCGGAGGUUGAUAAGGUGAUGAAUGCGGAGAAGGUGGACAUGGGGAAGAAGGGGCUCAGCCUCUGCUACAGAGCGGCGGGGAAUGACGUCAUCCUGCCGGAGAUACGGAUGCAUUUCAAAGGCGGCGACUUGAGAUUGAAAAUUCAGCGGGAUACUGUGUGUUUCUCCUUCAUCGGAUCUCCGGCGGAUUCGGCGAUAUUUGGGAACAUGGGUCAGUCCGAUUUCGCCGUUGAAUACGAUCGCAACGCUGGGACCGUCUCUUUCGCCCCGCGUGAAUGCAACUGA